UAUCGAGUUUAAAGAAAAUAAAUUGAUCUUUACUAGGCAGAAACAAAACCUAGACGUGUGUGUGUGUGUGUGUGUGUGUGUGUGUGUGUGUGUGUGUAUGUAUACAAAUAAAGCCAUAAACCGACAUGAAAUACGAGAUGAUUAAUAUUAAGAUAUUCCAGAUGUUUUGAUAUUACACAUUUACUAUUAGACAGCCGAACGGAAAGGACUUCGUUAUAACUAAGGAAAGAAUCUUGCGAUAAACUGGAUAAAGAAUGAAAAAAUUAUUUAUUACACGAUUUAAUUAGAUAUUAACAAAUAUAAUUUUUGCGCAAAUAGUCGAAUCGAACGUUAAAAAAAAUCGUUUGUUGAUAGUAUCGAAAGAAUUUAGCUGAGAAUAAUAAAAAAUUCGUCUUACCUAUUUAUGCUUUUUCGUAUUACUCGUUUCUGAUAUAUAUCGUUGGACUUGUUACAACACUAACGUCCGGGUGGAUCUGAAUGUGAGCCCGAAGGUGAAAAAAAAAAUGGGUAAAGAUGGCUGAUCUCGACUGUGAUUCAGCGUUGGACGAUGCGAGCUCCGAGACCCGCCGCGGCCGGUCUCCUUCUUCCUUCCAAGAAUUCGUACACUGCCAAUUGAGAGAGCCUUCGGCUUCACAGCUCCAUUCACGACGAGUAGCCCAUCCGUGACACGGUCCGAGGAGCCUAUCGAAACUACUGUGUCUCUUUCUCUUAUCUUUCUUUUUCCUUCGCACGUGGACAUGCAUACGCACAAGGAAAGAGAAAAAAAAUAUUCAACUUCGAAGAUUAAACCUCGGUCAAUCUAGUGUAAAGAAAAUUCUUCGAUAGCCACACAUUGUUACGUCGAUUUUUCCCGGAACUUAACGUCAAAGAAGACAUAUUGCGCUAGAUUAUUUGGACACCGAUAACACAGUCGUGAAAUAUUGUGCACCAAUCCAAAAUUUCAAUUUUAGUUUGAACGAAGGCGAGGAACAAGAAAUUUUACGAAUAUCUUCAGUUGCCGAUGAUCCAUCGAAUGAGUAUUAGUGUCGGUAUUAGUGUUCUAAGAUUAAAAUCGAUCGUGGAGGACCAUCGUAAAGUCUCUCAUGUCGAAUCUCGAUAUCUUCCACUUACUUACUGUUUACGUCGACGGCAUCGAAUCGAAUCCGUGAGAAAGGGUUUAGACCAGGAAGAGCUCGAUGACGCACGCAAAUUUCCAGGAAGAAAUCGUCUGAGUCGAGCGAUACACGACGUGUCAGUCGGUGCGUGUGUCGAGACGCAACGCACGAUUCGUACUUUUCCUUUUCCUCAUCGUCGUCGUCGUUGUCGUCGUCAUCGUCGUCGUCGUCGUUUUUAUCGUUGAUGUCAAUGUCCGUGAAUCAUUCGCGAUGUGCAAACGCAAAGAUCAAGGAUCGAGAACGUUACACGACAUCGGACGCGUCAGUGCAAAUCACACGAUUAUUUCACGAAGACGAGGAUCGUUCUCGAUCGAUCAAUGAGUUUUCUGUUUCUGAAUAUCGAUCUAACUGGACUUUCAAGAACAAUGAGAAAGAAAAAUCUAAAGAAGAUUCUCGAGAAUCGAGAGAUUUACUUGCGAAUUUUAACGACUCGAAUUUAACGAAGAGCAAAAACGAAAGUACCGAAUCGAAUCAUGACAUUACUACAAAACUCGAAACGCUUCUUCGAGUCUCUUCGGUGGAAUUUAUCGACGGGAAAAAAUAUGAUAACGAUGAAAUUUCAAAAGAGAAUGUUACAAGUCGUUCGGUCUGUCGUUCUAGCGAUGCUAAUGCGUCGGAAAAAAAGAAUAGAUCAAGUCUUAACGUUGAAAAAAAGGAAGAAAAACAAUCGGAAGUAGACGAAGAACGAUCGAUUAAUUCGAGUCCGGUUAUGGUUCCAUACGAUCCAUCAGAAUGGAAUUCGAGUCACGUAACGUCGUGGAUUUCAUGGUGCAGCCGAGCAUUUUCGAUAAAACCACCACCAACAUCGAAGACUCUUCCAUCGACCGGGAAGGAGUUACUAAAGUUGUCUUUGGAGGAAUGGUUACAUAUUUCGGGCGGUCGAAUUUUGGCAAGGCAUCUCGGUUACUUACGUUUACAGGCGACCGGUGUGCACAGUCCAGCCUUGCUUCAAGAUGAGAAAGUUGACGAAAGGUUCGGCCUCCUACAACGGACUUGCUCGCUGAUUGGAUCGACAGCUGGAACCGGCGGUUCCGGGGCGGUCGGAGGCGGACAGGUUCAACUGUGGCAAUUCCUGCUGGAGCUACUCUCGGAUUCGUCCAACUCUUCCUGCAUCGCAUGGGAGGGAUCUAACGGGGAAUUCAAGCUUACUGAUCCGGACGAAGUCGCACGAAGAUGGGGAGAGCGCAAAAGCAAGCCCAAUAUGAAUUACGAUAAACUUUCGCGAGCGCUCAGAUAUUACUACGAUAAAAACAUUAUGACAAAAGUGCAUGGGAAACGUUACGCGUAUAAAUUCGACUUUCAUGGUUUAAUGAUGGCGUGUCAAGCUCAAGCGGGCAUCGCGAUAGAUCCACCCGCGUCUUCUAGAGGAACCGGACCAAACUGUCAUCCUCAUCACGCGCAUCACGCUCAUCAUCUUUAUUCGAGCGGAGGUACAACCUCUCAACAUCAUUCUCUACCUCCGCCUCCGCCACCGCCGCCGCCGCCACCACCACCGCAUUAUUGUUGGCCGUAUCAUCGAUAUUCGCCACCGACGUAACGCCAACUUUUAUUCGUCGAAUUUGUGAACAACGUGAAUCCCUACAGAACUUUUUAACGAAUGAAAAGAAACGUGGAUUUUAUCGUCGUUAACGGAAAUUCCAAAUUCGAUUAGAAAUGAACGCAACAAUUGCAUUCGCAUUCUCAUGUACAAUUUUGAUGUAUAUUUUGUAAGACACAACUUUCUAUUUAAUAAACUUGUGAUCAAUCUAUGCAAUA